GGUAUUGUGGUUAGAAUGGUCUGCGUGACGUGUCUGUGUGUGUGAGGUUAUAGUGAUGGUAUUAUUUGUGUGGAAGAUAAGUUAGACCAACAGGCUGAUAUAUAUGGCAGAUGUCAGUUUUGCGUAGAGUACAGGCAUAACGAUUUUGUUUAGUACAGCACAUGUUAAGUGAAGUAUGGCAAACCGUAUAAUAAAUAUGUUACUUAUCCUCCUGUUACUGCUUGUAAGCAGUAUCUCUACUAUACGUAGAUCAGUGCCAGAAAACUUUGCUCGUGCAGGACAUACAAACAAUUGGGCUGUACUUGUCGAUACAUCAAGAUUUUGGUUUAAUUAUCGUCAUGUGGCCAACGUGUUGUCAAUAUAUCGGAGUGUAAAGCGACUUGGAAUUCCUGACAGUCAAAUCAUCCUUAUGGUAGCAGAUGAUAUGGCAUGCAAUCCUAGGAACCCACGUCCCGCAACUGUCUUCAACAAUGCCAAUCAGCACAUUAAUGUGUAUGGAGAUGAUGUGGAAGUGGAUUACAGAGGAUAUGAAGUGACAGUGGAGAAUUUUGUGCGGCUCUUGACUGGGCGCUCACCGCCAGGUACACCUCGUUCUAAACAGUUACUGACAGAUGAAGGGAGUAACGUGCUGGUUUACCUCACGGGUCAUGGAGGUGAUGGCUUUCUCAAAUUUCAAGAUUCAGAGGAGGUAACAAGCCAAGAAUUGGCUGAUGCAGUUGAGCAAAUGUGGCAGAAGCGAAGGUAUCAUGAGAUUUUCUUCAUGAUUGACACAUGCCAGGCUGCUUCCUUGUAUGAGAAGUUUUACUCACCCAAUAUCUUGUCUGUGGCUAGCAGCCUAGUGGGAGAGGAUUCACUCUCACACCAUGUUGAUCCUGCUAUAGGAGUGUACAUCAUUGACAGAUAUACAUACUAUGCACUUGACUUUUUGGAACGAGUGGAGCCAGACAGUACUAAAACAAUGGGUGAAUUUCUUGCUGUUUGCCCCAAGAGAGUUUGUAUCUCCACAGUUGGUGUGAGAAAGGAUCUGUUCUCACGUGAUCCUCACAAGGUCCUAAUCACAGAUUUUUUUGGAUCUCUGCGGCCUGUGGAGCUCACUGUGUCAGGACUGAAUGUGACUGCAAUACCAAGAACACAGAAUAGAACUAGGAGGUCACAGAAGGAAAGAGAGGUGCCUGAUAGAAAGCUGCAGUAUGCCAAACAAUUCCCUACUUUUAUAUUUGAGUCAUAAGAUUUUUGUAUAGUUAAUGUGUCAGCUUGUGAACUUCAGCCAAGUGCCAGGUCAGAAAUGGAGUCCCAGCUGAAGUUAUGAUAAUGUACUGCCUUGUUAAGCCUUCAUAUGCUUCAAAGAUGGUGACAGAUGAAAAUAUUAACUCUAGGCAGUCAGAAGAGUAAGGUGUAUUAGCAUUGUUUAGGAUAGCAGUAUCUAUGCUCAGGAAUUUAGGAUGUUCAUUUCUGGGGAGCAUUGUCAGAUUUUUUGAUUUGACAAUGCCUUUCAUGUGAAAACAAGGCAAUCUUAUACAAUUUAAUCCAUGAAACAGUUUACAUCUUAGAUUGUUGUGUGCAUUAAUGUUAUAUAUGCAGUACAUAUAAAGUAGCAGAUGUCUGGUAGAUAUUUCAUGACAUUACACUUAUAGACAGGAGCCAAAAGAGAUCUGACAUAUUUUAAACUUGCAUAAACAUGUAGGAAGAUGAAGAAAGCAGUCUUCUGGGAUGUGGUGCAGUGUAGAUAUUGUGUUAACCGACUGUUCUGCCAUAAGGGGGGGGGGCUAGGUAAAUUCAUUGAUCUCUUUGGCUUCAAGUUCACAGUUCUCCUGGGACACUUGGGGGAUGAAGGAGGCGAUAGGGGAAGGGUGUGCGAAGUGUGGGAUGGGGUCUAUUAACCCUUUCGCGCGGUUAUUUAAAUUCCGCUGCCGUCUCUCCGGCGGUAAUAUAUUCAGCCGGCCAUUUAAAUUUUGCUC